AGCUCAGUUCGGCGCCAGCCACAGUAGAGGGCAGACGUACGCCGCCUCGCUCUCCGACCUCCUUGCUUUCCCUCGCUCGAUACCCGCGGUAGAAGUUGAGUCAGACACAUACACGCCAAGACGCCACCGCCACGCACGCCUGCACGCCCGCACGCCCGCAAACAAGCCGCCCAUGGAAGACUAGUGUGAUUUGACCAACUUUUUCCUGACUUUGCUAUCUCCACGAGUGCCUGUGAGGAAAAAUAAUCAAGGAAAAGAGGAAAUUUCAUUCUUAUAUGGAAAACUGAAGGAAAAGUAAGACUGCAACUUUUUUUCCCUUUUCCUGGUCACGUGAGAGUUGAAAGUAAUGGUGUGUGUGGUGAGUGCGGCGCGAGGUGGCGGCGGUGGUGUGUGGUGGUGGUGCGGGUGUCUAAAGGGUUGGUGAUGGGGGACACCUUCUACUGACUCCUCCUCCACCUCCUCCACCACCUCCUCCACCUCCUCCUCUUCCACUCAUCUCCACCUCCCCCGCGGCUAUGGUCAUCUCCGCAGCUCCCUCCACCGCCAUCUCCACUGUUUGAGGUGAUGUGGGCGUGCGUGUGGAUGGCAGGUGUGGUGUGGGCGGCGGCGGGCGUGCGGCUGGGCGAGGCGGCGUGCACAAUGGCAGAGUUUCCGUGUCGCAGCAAACAGUGCAUCAGUCUGGACCGCUACUGUGACGGACGGAGGGACUGUGACGACAACAGUGAUGAACCCUCUGGCUGCUCGCCGUGCAACAGGACCUACUACGGCCGCGUCGGCGCCACCUACAGGCUGCACAUUCCCAGGCCGAGGCGAGGGACACUGCCACACUUCUGCCAGCUCACCUUCAUUGCCUCAGGGGACACCUACGGGGACCUGGUGCAGCUCAGCAUUGAAAAGUUCACCCUGGGGAGGUUCGUGUCGCACACCGCGGCGGGCUGCCCUGACGGCUACAUGCAGAUCGAGGAGCUGAGCAGGCCCCUCAACUCUGGCUACUGGUGCGGCACUGCGUGGGGUCACAACGUGUUCUACUCGGAGACCUCGGCCAUCACGGUGAUGCUGCGCGUGUUCAACCUCACCGAGGACAACGCCAACAACAACCCCGGGGCCUUUUCGUCGCAGGACGACGUAAUGCUCGGCCUCUCCUACAGGUUCCUGCGGAAGGAAAGGGCCGUGUUGCGCUAUGGCGCGCCCUACAGCCCCACCUACCGCGGCGAGGACGUGCCCAACACCUUCUGCGACAAGGAGUUCGAGAACUGCGACAAGAAGAACUGCAAGGUGCAGUCCCCGAACUUCCCCGGCAUGUACCCGCGUAACCUCACCUGCCACUUCCACAUCGGCCAGACGCGCGUGCCGGACGGCAAGGUGGCGCUCAUCCGCGUGCGCCAGCGCAACCCGCACCUCAUCUACAUCAAGGACCGCAACGCGCCGCACCUAUCACGGGAAAGGAAGCUGCAGGUGGGCACGGGCUGCCACGUGCUGCACGACUACCUCGUGGCCUAUGACGGCAACAACACGCGGGAGGCCGUGCUGGCCACGCUGUGCAAGGGUGGCGCGCCCCUCAGUGGCAUCACUUCCAGCGGGCCUGACCUGCUGCUCGUCUUCCACGCCUCGCCCUUCGACUUUCCCUUCCAGGACUCGCCGCGCCGCCGCACCUUCGGCUUCGAGCUGGACGUGGAGGUGGAGUUUGUGGACCGGGAGAGCACCGCCUACAUUCGCGAGGGCGCCGCCUGCAACUACACGGUGAGCAGCCGCGGCCAGCGCAGCGGCUACGUGCAGUCCCCCGUACACUCCCUGCUGCCCAACACCACCUGCUGGUGGCGCCUACUGGCCGGCAGCACCGAGGUGGUGUGGCUCUACUUCCUGCACUACCGCCACGUGCACCACCCAGAAAUGCCGGCCCCCGCCCACUGCUCCAACACCCUCACCAUCACCGACGGCGACGCCCUAUCCGAGCCGCUCCCGCCCCCCGACCUCUCCGCCGCGUCACUGGACGCCGCCGAUAACGUGACGCUCAACGUGACACAGGAGGAGGCGCCGCCUGCCACCAAGGUGAUCGGCAAUUUCUGCCGCCCAGACCAGCUGCCGCGCGUGUGCUCGGGCGUGCAUGCCCCGGGGCCGCACGCAGCGCCCUGCCUACCCGGGGAGAGCUACGUGUCCGCCUCGCCGGCACUCACGCUCUCCCUCAGGUACGCGGCGGGCACGGCGCCCGCACACGUCGAGUUUCUUGCUAGGUACGAAUUUGUGGACAAGCGGCAGUGGGGGACGCCCACCCCCGGGGGCGGUCCCUGUGACCGCACCUUCACGGAGCAGCCUGACCGCUUGUUUGUCUCUCCGCGGGACGUGUUCCUCUUCGGGCGCGGUGGUGCACGCAAGCUGCGCUGUGUGUACACCUUCCGGGCGGCGCCGCAGCAACGGGUGGCGCUGCGCAUCCUGCGGGCGCGGAUGGGAUCGAGCUGCGGCACGCGCUACCGCCACGCCUCACACCGCUAUGAGUGCUCGCACGCAGGCGCGGGGGACCAGCCUGCCAUCUGGCUGAGCGAGGAGCCGUGGGAGGGCGUGCCGCUGGUGCGCGCCUGCCUGUGCAACGUGUCCCACGAGCGGCCCUUCCUGCUGGUGUCGUACACGCGGCAGCUGCGCCUCACCUUCAGCGUGCCCGUCAUGACGCCCGCCGCUGACUACAACGACUUCUUCCUGGAGGGCGAGUACUCGCUGGUGCCCGCCGCGCCACAGUGUCGCCGCGCCAAGCGCCGCAUGGCGGGCAGGCACGGCAACUUCACGGUAGGCGUGGCAGCGCGCCGCGACCUGUGUUCCGCCCUGCCGCGCCUCGUCACGGCGGCGGACGGCUCCUUCCUGUUUCUGCGCGUCCGGGGCUUCGCGGCGUCCGAGGACAAUUGCCAGGCGGCGUCACGUAUCAACGUAUACGCCGUGGGCGGCCUGGCGCCCCUCGCCUCCAUCUGCCCCGACCAGCGCCUGGACUACACGCACGUGUUCAGCAGCGGCUGGCACGGCGCGAACCAAACGCAGCGGCAGCAACUGUCCGCGGCGGACCUGUGGAGCACCGCGGUGGGCGGCGGCAGCCUGCACCUAGGGCAGAGCCACUACUACUACCACCGCCAGCAACAGCAGGCGGAGCGGCAGCAGCGGGGGCGCCCACACCAGCGGCCGCGGCCAGAGUCGCGGGACUUGGUAGUAGAGUUUGUGGGUAACUCGAGCGAGCGCGUCAUGGUGAGCUGGGUGGGCGUGUGGCGCCCCAUGCAGACGGCGCCGCUGUCACCGGUGGGCGUGGACCUGUGCCCGCACCGCUGCCCUCAGAUCGAGGCGUGCCUGCCCGCUGACCUGUGGUGCGACGGCUCCGUGCACUGCCCCUCCGGCCUGGACGAGGGAGCGGCGGCGUGCGGCCUGCUGGCGGCGCUGCCCUGGGUGUACCUGGGCGCGGGCGGCGUGCUGGCGGCGUCGCUGCUGGCGCUGCUGGCUGCGGUGGUGGUGCACCGCCGCCGACUGCACGCCCUCAAGCGGGAGGAGGAAGCGGCGGCGGCGGCGGCCAACAACAGCCACGGCCUGAAGAGCACCACGCAGGACUUCCUCCUCCCGCCAGACAAGGACUCGUGGUGACAGGACGCCCAUUCUGGCGACGUGGUGCGCGUCGACUACGAAACCACCGUGUAGUGCGUGCGUGCGUGCGUGCAUGUAGGUGCGUGCGUGUGCGAGUGUUACCGGUGGUGUAGCGAUGGAUCGGUGAGUGCGGCACAGUGACAGCGGCGGACAGGUGUGUGUGUCGGGCAGGUGUAAGGGUCGCUAGGAUGGGAUGACGAACGCCACGACGAGCGAGACAUAAUCUGUACAUAGGCAGGUUUGUAACAGGUUUGUAACACGUGUACAUAUGUAAACACACGUUAUCGUUUUAUACCGACGCCAAAUGUUGUUAUACCGAGACUUGUGUGUGUGUGUGUGUGUGUGUGUGUGUGUGUGUGUGUGUGUGUGUGUGUGUGUGUGUGUGUGUGUGUGUGUGUGUGUGUGUGUGUGUGUGUGUGUGUGUGUGUGUGUGUGUGUGAUAC